AUGGACCCGACGACGACGACACCGCUGCUGCAGCCGGCCGUGAGGGCCUCGCCGGCGCACGGCGGGGGCAGCCGGGAGCUGGAGGCGAUCCUGAGCGACGCGUCGUCGCCGUGGGCUCGGCGGUCGUGGCGGGGCGCCGGCGUGGAGCUGCCGCUGCUGCUGCGGGUGGCGCUGCCGGCGGUGGCCGUCUACAUGGUCAACUACGUCAUGUCCAUGUCCACGCAGAUCUUCUGCGGCCAGCUCGGCAACCUCGAGCUCGCCGCCGCCUCGCUCGGCAACACCGGCAUCCAGACCUUCGCCUACGGCCUCAUGCUGGGGAUGGGCAGCGCGGUGGAGACGCUGUGCGGGCAGGCGUACGGGGCGCACAAGCACAGCAUGCUGGGCGUGUACCUGCAGCGCUCGACUGUGCUGCUCAUGGCCACCGGCGUGCCGCUCGCCGUCCUCUACGCCUUCUCGGAGCGCGUCCUCGUCCUCCUCGGCGAGCCGGAGCGCAUCGCCGCCGCCGCCGCCGCCUUCGUCUACGGCCUGAUCCCGCAGAUCUUCGCGUACGCGGCCAACUUCCCGAUCCAGAAGUUCCUACAGGCGCAGAGCAUCGUGGCGCCCAGCGCCUACAUCUCCACCGCCACGCUGGCGCUCCACCUGGCGCUCAGCUGGGUCGCCGUGUACCAGCUGGGCCUGGGCCUGCUGGGCGCCUCGCUCGUGCUCAGCCUCAGCUGGUGGGUCAUCGUCGCGGCCCAGUUUGCGUACAUCGUGGCCAGCCCGCGGUGCAGGGAGACCUGGACGGGCUUCACCGCGCAGGCCUUCUCCGGCCUCGGCAGCUUCUUCAAGCUCUCGGCGGCGUCCGCCGUCAUGCUGUGCCUCGAGACCUGGUACUUCCAGGUGCUCGUGCUCAUCGCCGGCCUGCUCAAGAACCCGGAGAUCUCCCUCGACUCCCUCUCCAUAUGCAUGACCGUGAAUGGAUGGGUGUUCAUGAUCUCCGUCGGCUUCAACGCUGCGGCGAGCGUGCGGGUGGGCAACGAGCUGGGCGCGGGCAACCCGAGGGCGGCGGCGUUCUCGGUGGUGGUGGUGACGUCGCUGUCGCUGUUCGUGGCGGCGGCGUGCGCCGUGCUCGUGCUCUGCAUCCGCGACCGCCUGAGCUACUUGUUCACGGGCGGCGAGGCCGUGGCGCGCGCGGUGUCCGACCUCUGCCCGCUCCUCGCCGUCACGCUCGUCCUCAACGGCGUCCAGCCCGUUCUCUCCGGCGUGGCCGUGGGGUGCGGGUGGCAGGCGUUCGUGGCGUACGUGAACGUGGGGUGCUACUACAUCGUCGGCGUGCCGCUCGGCGUCUUCCUCGGCUUCUACCUCGACCUCGGCGCCAAGGGCGUUUGGAGCGGCAUGGUGAUCGGGGGAACGCUGAUGCAGACGCUCAUCUUGCUCUGGGUCACCUUCAGAACCGACUGGGACAAGGAGGUGGAGAAAGCCAAGGCGAGGCUGGACAAGUGGGAGGACAAGCAGCCGCCUCUCCUAGAAGAUUGAACAUCCAGAUUAUGGACUUUUCUUUUGAAGCAAAUAAUGGACCUCUUUUUAUGAUCAUAGCCCAGCCAAGCAGCGGCGGGGAUCGAUCAUUUGGAUUUUGGAGCCCGGAAUUCCGAUUAAUACCAACCAUCCCAUUGUACUGGGAUGCCUCUCUCCGGAUGAUAGUGUAGGCCUCUCUCCAUCCCUUCCGCAUGUAUAUUAUUUUUGUAUGUCAAUUGCAGUGUGAUUUGUUUUGCCUA